UGUAGAUAAAUACCAAUGCACCUUGUGGGUGUUAUGUUCAUUUUUGUGUCCUUUACCAGAUGGGUACAAUGAAUUUUCCUCUCUCUCUGCUACUUAUUGCUUUCCAUGUCGUGAACGGUCUGUUUUUACCACCAUUCCCAGAUAUUCCUGCAAAAAAUUGUACAUUUAAUUUGACACAGGCCAAUAUUCUUGAAAUUAAUGAAGCUUCAGGUUUGGAUCUCUUUGAAGGGGAUAUUGUGCACGAUACAAAGUCAAGAAAUACAAUAAUUGGAUCCAAGUAUAGAUGGCCUCUGACAGUCCCUUAUUAUUUGGAAGAUAGUCUUGAUAUUAAUGCUAAAGGCGUGAUCCUGAAAGCAUUUGAACGCUUCAGGUUAAAGACAUGUAUUGAUUUUAAACCAUGGAGUGGUGAAAAGAAUUACAUUUCAGUGUUUAAAGGCCUUGGAUGUUAUUCUUUGGUUGGGAAUCAGCAGGCUGGAAAACAGCUUCUCUCUAUUGGAGCUGGUUGUGAUACUGUGGAAAGCGUUCAACAUGAGUUACUUCAUGCACUGGGUUUUUUCCAUGAACAGUCACGUUCUGAUCGUGACGACUACAUAACCGUUGUCUGGGCAAAUAUCCAGUCUGGCAAAUCGUCAAACUUUAAGUUGUAUGAUAGUUCGAAAGCAACAUUUCUAGAGGUUCCAUAUGAUUACACAUCUGUCAUGCAUUAUGGCAAGAAAGCUUUCUCCACUGGAAAUGUAACAAUGAUCCCAAAGAAUGCUAAGUUCGAUAAUAUCAUUGGGCAGCAGACUGACUUCAGUGCCAGCGACGUUCUAAAACUGAACCGGCUCUACAAUUGUACUUCCUCUGGACUUUUCCUGGAUUCAUGUAAUUUUGAGUCUGAUGAUGUGUGUGGCAUGCUGAAGAGCUCAGGUACUGGCAGCAAUUGGCAGCGUGUUACCCAAGCACCAGGAGGGCCGAGCUCAGAUCAUACUUAUAUGGAAAAUCGUGUCGGCAAUUUUAUGCACCUCAGCACUCGCACUGGAAAUGCUGGUUAUCAAAGUAUACUUGAAAGCAGACUGUUCUAUCCAGUCAGAAAAUAUCAGUGUCUGGAAUUCUUCUACUAUAACAGUGGUAGUAAAAAUGACCGGCUCAACAUCUACAUCAAGCAGUAUUUACCAGACUUCCCCAAUGGCAUAUAUAUACUUGUAGACACUAUAUCUGGUAAUCCUGCUGAUUUCUGGCGGAUCCGCUAUACUUCAAUAUAUGCAACAAAUAAGUUCAGAUUUGCAUUUAAAGGAAUCAAAGGAACUGGAUAUUCCAGUGGUGGUUUCUCCAUCGAUGACAUCAACUUAUCUGAAACAGAAUGCCCACAAAAUACUUGGCAUAUCAGAAACUUCCCACAACAAAUAAACAAUACAUUUAUUUACAGUCCAUCCUUCUACUCUAAAGAUGGCUAUGCCUUUCAGAUUGGAUUAUAUGGCUACGCUUCCCAAAACUCUCCUUUCAACCUUGCAGUAUAUCUGUUUCUUAUAUCAGGAGCCAAUGAUGAAACUCUUCAAUGGCCCUGUCUUUGGAAACAAGUGACAGUAGAGUUCCUAGACCAGAACCCAGAUGCUAAGCAGCGAGUGACAAACGUGAAGAGCAUUACAACUGAUGGAACCAUAGUUGGUGGCAGAUACUUUAUGUGGGAUAACCCUGCACUAGUUGGAUGGAAUAAAAGAUUUUCGAAUGGAACCCAAUACAAAAUGACUGGAGGCUCUGGCGCUAUGCUUUUCACAUCUAAAGAAUGGCUGGACAGAAAUCAUUUCCUGAAAGGCGGAGAUGCUAUUAUUCUGUUAUCUGUAGAAGACAUCUCCAAUCUCACACGUUCACAGCCAUCAAAAUUCGCUUUGUCAUCAUUAAACUCUGCACCAGAUUUAACAAUGCAAUCGUCAUCUGGAGAACCACUUCUCUGCAGACAAAACAUUUGCUAUAAUGAUGGCAUCUGUGUUCUAGAAAAUCAGAUAGAAACAUGCAGGUGCAAAACCACUGGUGACGUGUGGUAUGGGGGUACAAGGUGUGAGAACGUGCUCUUCAGCGGAGCCCAUGUAUUGACAAAACCAACUUAUAUACUGCUUAGUACUGUUUUACUUGUCUUUACUGCUACUCUGAUUUAUAUUUAGAUUUACCUUUUCCAAACACAUUUCAGGGAAACAAAAAAAAAAACGUAUGUAGAAAAAAAAAUUCAGUGGCUUUAUAGUUCUGCAAGAAAUGUAACAUCCAAUGCAAGCAGCUUGUAUCAUCGGAAAAGUAUUGGCUAAGAGCACUUCAGUGGGCAUUUACAUAAUGUUGCUGCCAGUCACUAAAACGCGGAGGAAACCUCUGCUUUAUUGGUGGCGAGUAUAUCACUAGUGUGCAUCAAGUUCAAGAGUGUAUCACUGUUGAUCUGGGAACAUUCACCCAGCUCAUACAUCAAUCAAGUUUUUUUCACCAUAAUAUAUUCGGACUUUUUAUUAUAUUUGUCCCUUCCUUUUUGUUUAUAUAUCAUUCACUUGAUUUUUUUCAUUAUUAUCACUUAGCGCUACUAUUUAUUAGAUUAGGGUAAUUAAACAGAACCUGUGCCCCCUUAUAUCAGAUGUCCCUAUUAGAGCCCCACUUUACAUUAGGGUCCCCAUCAGAUCGCCCAUGCAUAAAACUGAUCAUUUACAUUUCCCUGUCAUUAUCCUGUUUUUCAGGCAAUUAGGAGCUAAAGGACACAUGACCGUGAUCAGCAGAAUUAGAAUAGUGAGACUGAGGCUGACAAUGAUUUAUACAUACUUUCCUACUCCAUGUCAGUUUGCUGAGCUCCUAGGCCAGGAGUAGGAAACCUUCACAAUCCGGAGAAAUUACAAGUCCCAUCAUAUGUUGUAUAUAUGAUGGGACUUGUAAUUGUCCUAUCAUGUAUUUGUCCCAUCAUGUAUUUGGCUCUGAGAGUUAUGCUUGUGGCUGUAAGAGUUUUGUAAUGCCUCAAAGCACUUGUACUUCCAAAAUAGCUGAAGAGCUGAGGUUUCCUAUCCCUGCCCUAGGCAAUUGGGAACUGAAGGCAGGACUGUGACAAGGAUGAGGGUGGCAGAAGGGGGCACAUGCCCUGGAAAACCACACCAGUGAUUUGUCCGAUUGUCCCGAGCCUCACUGACAGGAGUGACUGAACGUCACUCCUGUCAGGCGGUGCAGCAGCCGAUAACUACUAUUAAACGGAUUCUGAUUCCAUCUUAGUUUCAGUGUGGUGGUGCAGAGGAGUGAGGGCAGACUGCCCUUCUUCCUUUUUCUUCUUGUUUAGUGACUUGUCUCGUAACCAGGGAGGGCAAGGAGAAGCUGCCUCUAUUGCACAGGCAUUGUUUUAAGACUAUGAUCUGUGAGUACAAGGAGGGGGAGACAACUCGGCCUUAGACCUCCCCUCUCCUCCUCAGACUACCUUGAUCUCCUCCUUCUCUUAUGUUAUUUGUGCAUUGCAGGAAAGUGUGCAAAACCAAGUGCGUUCCCAAAAUGCGCAAAAACACACAGCACUUUUGCAGUUGUGUGGCAGUGUCAUAAAUUAUUAAUACCACCAUGCACCUUACUUGUGCGUGCACUUCCGUACUCUUCCGCCCGUGCCAAAAUGCAAGGUAACAAAGUACAAAGGGUCAUGUACUUCUUUUGUGCAUUUUUUUUGUGUGUAGGGCUGCCCUAAAUGUGAAUGCUGGCACCCACAGAUAUGAAUUAAGAUCCAAGCAUUGGGUUUGUCCACACCAGUGAAUUGCAGUAAAGCAUGGUAAACCACAUGUGCGUGGCAAAGUGCCCGUAAUUCACCACUAAAAUGCACCUGUCUGCAAUUCACCACCAGAAUGCACCGAUAUAAACCACAACAUACAAUUUGUGCUGUGUUGUGCUGCAUCCCAAAAAAAAAUUCUGCUGCAUUCUGCUUUGAAUGGGUUUCCUAACACAAUGUGCCUCAAUGCACGAAAACUCAUGCAUUGCAGCACAUUACAUUGUGAUGUGAACCAACUCUAAUGCCGCGUACACACGGUCGUUUUUUGUAAAAAAAAAAAAAA